UAUAUUUUGAACUGAAGUAUUGGAGUGUACUGAAGUGAAUUGUCAUUGUUUAUGUUUAAACUUGUAACAGGAAAUAUAUUUUCACCACCAAAUACUACAUGGUCGGAACGUAUGCAAUCACUAAAUGCCCAUUGUGCUUAUAAAAUGAAAACACUUUCUACGUUUGUAAUGUAACAUAGCCAUACAAAAUAAUAUUUUCGGAAAAUCCAUGACUCAAUCAAGGUUAUGCAAGUUAGUUUUGGAAACCUACACAUGCUAUUUAUAUCUACUUUAUAUACGGAAGUUUACAUGAUAAUGGACAUAACAGAAAUUUAAGAAAUGCUGAUAGAACCGUCGGAUAUACACUAUUCACAAGACAGUAUAUCCAAAUACUUCGACAGAAGAUCAUUACAUGGGACACAAACGAUCGGACAAACGUUAGAUCAAGUACUUAUUGGAGAUUGUUCAGUGAGUAGCAUUCCAACAAUAUCAGUUGUUAAAAUACGAAAACAUGGAGAUAAAUGGUUUUCCUUAGACAACAGGCGUCUGUGGGUGUUCAAACAGCUAGAACGGCUGGGCUAUUUGGAUACAAUAGAAGUAAGAUGUGAAGAUUUUGAUUAUUACAGGCAUGGCAGAAAAAUAACUACAAAUAAUGGAGGAAUUUCGAUUAGAAUUCGAGGUGACGGUGACCCCGAGGGUAAGGGGCACACUUUCCCAGAUAAAUGUUACCCAAAACUACAAACGAUGUUAGAGAGGGAAGGCAAAAAAGAUGACCGCAGUCAUAUGGCUCGUAAGACAAUCUCUGACAGGCCAAAAUCCAGACAUCAUCAUAUAAGCGUCAUUCAAGAUAAGGUUACAAAAUCUGCUAUAUCAAAAUCAAGUUACGCUAACGAUGAGUAUGCAGGAUCCAAUAUGCCUGUAAAGCGUGACAAAACAAGAACAUCAAAAUCUUCACAGCAGAGUAAUUUGUUUGUAGGAAACUCUCAAAGCCAGUGUGACGGUAGCUCGGCAAGCUUUCAAACAAAAACAACACAGGCAAUGCCUGUAAGCUAUUCUUCAGAGAACUCUUCACGUAUGGAACAAUAUCAUACACCGAGGAGUACUCCGUCCAACCUGCAUAUGUUUGAAAAUAACACGUUUAAUUCAAGUCGUGUACCUUCAGCACAUUCAGUGUUCCAAAGACAAAAUGAAACUAUACCUUUUAAAGACCAAGGUAAAACUGGUAGUAACGAUGAUGGGACAUUUUCAGACAGGCUUAGUAGACUAAGAGUCACCGACACUCCAAAAGAGCCACACAGAUAUUCCGACAUAUCGCAAGAAAACUACCAUCCCAUUUACAACAAACAUGCUGUUUCUGAUAUACGUGAGAAGUCUUUUAAUGAAACAGCAGACGGAGGUUUCAAAACAUUAAAAGAAAGCGAAACUGGCAGAAGUGGGCUGUAUCGUACUUAUACGUCAGAUAAAAGUGCAAGAAAAGGUAAUAGCAGGAAGAUAAACCAAAUGUAUUUCUCAGGGUACAACACAGCUACAAAGGCUCCGAUGCCUUCUAAAUACACAACGGAAGAUCUAGCGGCAUAUGAAACAUCAGUAGACCGGGAACACGCCUUAAAGGGAAAAUCAAAAACAUACGGUGACUAUGAGCACACCUGUGCUACAGAUGACGUUUUGAAGGUUAGAGAAACGCAUUAUGUUCAUGCGAGAGCUACAUGUGAUACACUUUUAUCCAUACCGAAACAGUUCUGCGCAGCAGAAGAUGAACGCAGUGCAACAGAUGUGGUAACUAAGACAGACGAUCGUACAAGUUACUGCAUACCAGAAUCUGAAGCUUAUGACUCUAGUGGGGUAUUAGGUCUCAAAGUCAGAUCUUCCACCCGUUGUGACAGAAAUAGUGGGCCUACAAGACAGCAGUUUGCUACAUUUGUUCCAGCAUGCACGGAAGAAGAAGUUAAAAUAAACAUGUCAAAACUGUUAUUCCGACAACGACACAGCCACCUAUUUCCAGGCGCCUGGAGUACAGAGGCAGUUGUUAGGUCAAAUGGUGAUUCUUAAUAGAACAUAUAACCACUUUAAUUCUUGUUGCUAUUUGGAAAAAAUUCAAUUACUUCAUGAAAAAGCAUCCACAAGUAAAUGUACGUUGGAUGAGCCAUUUCAAAUCAUUGUUAUAAAUACAAGGAAUUGCAUUUACCCAAACGAAAAUGUAUUUUUGAAUAUAUCUUAGCGAUAUGCUUGCGUGCGUGCGCGUGUAUGUGAAACAUUUGUCGAUAUGAUGUGAGUGGCAACAAGGUAGACCGAUGUGAUUUGUCAACACUAGGCAACUUGACGUGGUUUGACUGGCAAAAUUCCAGACAUGCUGGUACAGCUUGAGUGGCGAAUCCAAUCGCAAGACAAAAUAAUCACAGCCGGCACAGAAUGCCAUAGUAUUUGUAAAACUUCUUAAUUGUCAAAGAUUUCAGUUGUUAUGACUUCUUGUGGUAUGUUUCAAUUCUUAAUUGAAUUGAUGAAGACUUUGUCUUUCAAGCGUGUUUCUGAUAAAUAAUUUGGGAAAUAAAGUUUCAAUAUUUAUUAUCA